UGCGAAGAAUGGGCAAGUGCUUGUCAGUUAAGCUCCAUAAAUCUAGAAUGCGAUUCGGUGAGGAGUAUAGAAUGGAGAGAAAGCACUUAUUUCAGUAGAACGGUGCUGCUUUACGUAACUUGACGGAUUCAAGGAGAGUAUUUUCAGCAUACUAAUUCUAGUCGAACACAAGACAACACGUGUUUCAGUUAAGGGACUGGGGCCUAGUAACAUUAAAUAUGGCGGCAAAUGGAAAUAAAGUUGGAUCGAAGAGACGAAAAAAUCUCCCUUAUAACGUAAUUUUACUUGAUAUUGAAGGAACCACAACACCUAUUACGUUUGUUAAGGACACAUUAUUCCCCUAUGCGAGAAAAAAUGUCGAAAAAUAUUUAAAUAACAACUGGGAAAGUGAAGAAUGUCAACAAGACAUAAUAGCCUUGCAGAAACAGUCAGAAAAAGAUAAAGAUUUAGAAGGAGUUAUAUCAAUAUGUAAGAGUGAAGAUAUAAAAGGCAUGGAUGAAAAAUCAAGGCAAAACCUUAUCAAUUCUGUUGUGAAAAGUGUAGCAUGGCUGAUGGAUGCAGACCGCAAAGUGACUGCCCUUAAGCAGCUGCAAGGUCAUAUCUGGACAAAGGGAUAUGAAGAUGGUGAACUCAAGGGAGAGAUUUAUGAUGAUGUAGUUCCUGCUCUGAAAAGAUGGACAUCAUUAGGAUACAAGGUUUAUAUUUACUCCUCUGGUAGUGUUGAGGCACAGAAGCUUCUCUUUGGGUAUUCCACCGAGGGGAAUCUGCUCAAGUUUUUUAGUGGACAUUUCGAUACAAAGAUAGGGUUAAAAAUAGAGAGCGAAAGCUACCAAAACAUUGCAAAGUCCAUCGAAGAGGAUCCAAGUGCAAUCUUGUUUGUCACUGAUGUUGUAAAAGAGGCUGAAGCUGCUACUGAAGCUGGAGUUGAAACUGUCAUUAGCGUCCGUCCAGGUAAUUCACCUCUGAGCAAUGCUGACAAGCAAACAUACAAGACUAUUGAAUCCUUUGAUGAGCUUUUACAAGAUGAAGAUUUAGAUCCCAAGAAAAAGAAAACAUUGUUAGAAUCACAGAAUGUUGAAUUGAACAAAACUCCAACAGUCACUGGUGUUUAAAAAGUCUGAUUUAUUUUUCCAUGUGUAUACCUUUAUCCUAUUUACCAAAUAGCAUUUAUGUUUUAAUUAUGUACACAAAUUAUGAAUGAAUCUAUAAUAUGUUACUCUACCCUAUUAGUUAGGCUCCUCCAGCAUUAGCCUGCGU